UCCGCUUUGCGUGUUUUUUUCGCUGGAGCUUUUCUUAGAGACGCACUGACGGCGAUGUUUUCAAAAGCAGCGCUGAGAGACACCACACAGCCGUAGGGUUAAUGUUCAGUUUUUACCCUCCGACACACACGCUUCUUUCUCUUAAAAUCGUCGAGAAUUCGUCCUCUGCUGGUAGGUGAAUGACGAAGAGGAAGCUGAAGAGCGCUGCGACGGCCCAUGAUGAUAUCUGUGAGCCGUAGCUGCCACAGCUAGUCAGAUGAUGCACCAUGGCCAAACCGGGAUCGGACCGAGAUGGAGCCAUGGUGGAGAAGACAGCAGGGAAGAAGAGUAAAGAGAAAAUCUCUCCGUUUGCCAAAACUCCGAAGCUGGAUCGGAGUGAAAUCCUGGGGAAAGAGGGGAAGUCAAAGUCUUCCAUGAAACGGAAGCUCUCCUUCACCGUCAGUCCGCCCCGGAACGAAGAGCGGGACUCCGACAUGGGUCAGUCUAACAUUCACUCUGAAAGUUCUAGUAGCUUGUGUCUGUGCUUCACUGCCGCCCCCUCCUGGUCACUUUUAAGACCUGUUUUUAUUGGACAAGCUGUACUAGAGGGUUUUUUUCAAGGGUGUUAUGUAACGGUUAAGCCAUCAUCAUAAAAUACAUGGGUCUCGUUCAAAAACACAAUAGCUUCGACUCAAAAAGUAGCAGAAGAUCAUGAGGGAAUAAUGAAAAAUAUAUCGUCAUUAUAUUACAUGGAGCCUAAAAUCUCUUGUUUUAGUCUCAGUUCUGU